AUGCUGAAAUAUGGUAGCACAAGUAGCUAUAAGAGGACUGAAGGAUGGUUGUUGGUCCACUCACCCGUGCCAGUCAGCUGUGUGUUCCUCUCUUACCUGCUGAUCAUGUGGAUUGGCCCGAGGCUGAUGGCCCACAGGCAGCCAGUCAACAUCAGAGCACUCCUCAUUGCUUACUAUUUGGCCAUGGUGUGCCUUUCUGCUUACACCUUCUAUGAGUUCACUGCGUCCUCCUGGUUGGCGGGAUAUAACUUGCUUUGUCAGACUGUCGACUACAGUGAAAGCCCAUUAGCACUGCGGAUGGCAAACGCGUGCUGGUGGUUUUACCUCUCCCAAGUCAUUGAGCUCAGUGAUACUAUCUUUAUCAUCCUGUGGAAGAGGAACAGUCAGCUGACCUUUCUGCAUGUCUACCAUCAUGGAUGCAUGAUUUUUAACUGGUGGGCCAGAGUGAAGUAUGUUGCAGGGGGGCAGUCCUUCCUUAGUGGUCUCAUUAACUCUCUAGUCCAUAUGCUGAUGUACCUGUAUUACGGACUUGCUGCACUUGGUCCACACAUGCACAAACAACUGCGGUGGAAACGCUGUCUGACCUUCAUGCAACUGCUCCAGUUCUUUAUUGUGACUGCGCAUGCUGCAUACAGCCUCUACAUAGACUGCGACUUCCCCCUCUCAAUGAACAUGCUGGUGCUGUGCUACGCUCUCAGUCUAACAGCUCUGUUCACCAAAUUCUGCCUCCAAAACUACCUCAGCAACAAGAACAAGAAGAUAUGACUGACAGGUGAUGUUGGGUAUAAAGAUCUAGUCCUUUAUAAACAAGGAAGCAUCAAGGUUCACCACUUUGCCAAACAUAUAUCAACAAAAAAAUCCAACAGUCCAACAGCUGCCAACUUCCCUGGGCUUGAGCUCAU